CUUCUCUGUGCAGUUUGUCAGAAUUUGUGCACGUUGCUGUUUUUUCAGUCAGUGUGAAUUUACUAUUUAUUUUUUGCAACAAUAAUACAAGUUGAAAGAAUUGUGCUAAAAAAAUGGUGGCAGGCAAAAGCGGCUCCCCUGACAAAAUAACAAGGGAAGAUGUGUGUCGUAUUCCAGAGACCAUAUCAUUUCCCGGCGAAGAAGAACAUGUGCUAAACGAAUGGAAGGAAAACAAAAUUUUCGAAAAAUGUAUGCAGCUUUCAAAGGGUAAACCAAAGUAUACUUUCUAUGAUGGUCCUCCCUUUGCCACUGGUUUGCCGCAUUAUGGUCAUAUUUUGGCUGGUACCAUUAAAGAUAUUGUAACACGCUACGCCUAUCAACAAGGCUAUCACGUGGAUCGUCGUUUUGGUUGGGAUUGUCACGGUCUGCCCGUUGAAUUUGAAAUCGACAAAGUUUUGAACAUACGCGGACCUGAAGAUGUCGCUAAAAUGGGUAUUGCUGCAUAUAAUGCUGAGUGCCGUAAGAUUGUUAUGCGUUAUGCUAACGAGUGGGAGGAUAUUGUAACACGCAUGGGCAGAUGGAUUGAUUUUAAAAACGAUUACAAGACAUUAUAUCCCUGGUAUAUGGAGUCUAUUUGGUGGGUUUUCAAACAACUUUUCGAUAAGGGUUUAGUGUAUCAGGGUGUUAAGGUUAUGCCUUACUCUACCGCCUGUACUACGGCUUUGUCUAAUUUUGAAUCUGGUCAAAAUUAUAAAGAAGUUGUUGAUCCCUGUGUGGUGGUGGCCUUAGAAGCUGUUGGUAAUGAUAAUACCUAUUUCUUGGUAUGGACUACUACACCCUGGACAUUGCCCUCAAAUUUUGCCUGUUGUGUUAAUGCAAAUAUGAUUUAUGUCAAGGUUAAUGAUGUUAAAACUGGUCGCUUUUAUAUACUCGCUGAAUGCCGUUUAAGUUACGUGUACAAAAACGAAAGUGAAUAUCAAAUUGUUGAAAAGUUUGCUGGUAAAACUUUGGGUGGUGCUCAUUAUAAACCGGUAUUCCCCUAUUUUGAACAGCGCGGUCAAGAAGUUAGAGCAUUCCGUGUCUUAGUGGACGAUUAUGUUACCGAAGAUUCUGGUACUGGUAUUGUACACAAUGCCCCCUACUUUGGUGAAGACGAUUACCGUGUAUGUUUGCAAGCUGGCUUGAUAACAAAAUCCAGUGCAGUUAUUUGCCCUCUAGAUGAUGCUGGUCGUUUUACGGAUGAGGUUACCGAUUUUAAGGGCCUAUAUGUGAAGGAAGCUGAUAAGCAAAUUAUUGCUUAUUUGAAAAAUAAGGGUAACUUAGUGUCAGCUGGUCAAGUUAAGCAUAGUUAUCCCUUCUGUUGGCGUUCAGAUACUCCCUUGAUUUAUAAGGCUGUACCCUCUUGGUUUGUUAGAGUAGAACACAUGUCGAAAAAUCUUUUGGCUUGCAGUUCUCAAACUUACUGGGUACCUGAUUUUGUUAAAGAAAAACGUUUUGGUAAUUGGUUGAAGGAUGCACGUGAUUGGGCCAUUAGUCGCAACCGUUACUGGGGUACCCCCAUACCCAUUUGGAGAUCACCCAGUGGCGAUGAAAUUGUAUGUGUGGGUAGCAUUAAGGAGUUGGAACAAUUAUCCGGCAAACGUAUUACCGAUUUGCAUCGUGAAACUGUGGACGAAAUUGAAAUUCCCUCAGCCAUACCCGGCAAUCCUCCAUUGCGUCGUAUAGCUCCAGUAUUCGAUUGUUGGUUCGAAUCAGGCAGUAUGCCUUUCGCCCAACAACAUUUCCCCUUCGAAAACGAAAAAGAUUUUAUGUCCAAUUUCCCAGCCGAUUUCAUUGCUGAGGGUAUUGAUCAGACUCGCGGUUGGUUCUACACCUUGCUGGUCAUCUCUACCGCUCUCUUCAAUAAGGCUCCAUUUAAGAAUCUUAUUGCCAACGGUUUGGUCUUGGCCUCCGAUGGCCAAAAGAUGUCGAAACGUAAGAAGAAUUAUCCCGAUCCCAUGGAAGUUGUUAAGAAAUACGGUGCCGAUGCUUUGCGUUUGUAUUUGAUUAAUUCUCCUGUUGUACGUGCUGAAAAUUUGCGCUUCAAAGAAGAAGGUGUUCGCGAUAUUAUCAAGGAUGUUUUCUUGCCCUGGUAUAAUGCCUAUCGUUUCCUACUGCAAAAUAUUGUACGUUAUGAAAAGGAAGAUUUACAAAAUAAGGGUAUCUAUACCUAUGACAAGGAACGUCAUUUGAAAAACAUAGAAACUGCUUCAGUUAUUGAUAUUUGGAUUCUUUCGUUCAAAGAAUCUUUGUUGGAAUUCUUUGCUACCGAAAUGAAGGGUUAUCGUUUGUACACUGUAGUGCCCAGAUUAACAAAAUUCAUUGAUCAACUUACCAACUGGUAUGUUCGCUUAAACCGUCGUCGCAUCAAGGGUGAAUUGGGCAAAGAGGAGUGCAUACAAUCAUUGGAUACUUUGUACGAUGUCCUCUAUACCAUGUCUAAAAUGAUGGCUCCCUUUACACCUUUCUUGGCUGAAUACAUUUUCAAACGUUUGGUAUUGUUCCAACCUAAGAAUGUCACUGAAAAUGCCGAAUCUGUACAUUAUCAAAUGAUGCCUACCUCAAAUCGUAAUUUCAUUAGAAAUGACAUUGAAAAAUCCGUUGGUCUUAUGCAAGCUGUUGUUGAAUUGGGUCGUGUUAUGCGUGAUCGUCGUACAUUGCCGGUCAAGUACCCAGUAUCGGAAAUUAUUGUUAUUCAUAAAGAUCAAAAGUGUUUGGAUGCUAUUAAGAGUUUGGAAGAUUUCAUUCUGAGCGAAUUGAAUGUACGCAAAUUGACUUUGAGUUCGGAUAAGGAGAAGUAUGGUGUAACAUUGAGAGCAGAACCAGAUCACAAGACUUUGGGUCAACGUUUGAAGGGUAACUUCAAAUCAGUUAUGGCUGCCAUUAAAGCCUUAAAGGAUGAAGAAAUUCAAAAGUAUUUGGCCCAAGGUUAUUUCGAAAUCGAAGGUCAACGCAUUGAAUUGGAAGAAGUACGUGUUAUUUACUGCAUUUCCGGACAAGUUGGUUCAAACUUUGAGGCUCACAGUGACAAUGAGGUUUUGGUACUCAUGGAUAUGACACCCAAUGAAGAAUUACUCGAAGAAGGUUUGGCACGUGAAGUUAUAAAUCGUGUACAAAAACUGAAAAAGAAAGCUCAACUCAUACCCACCGAUCCCGUUUUGAUUUACUACGAAUUGAAUGCUUCUGCUCAAAAGAAAACCGAAGCCGAACAAAUACUUAAGGUUAUGAACAAUUAUCACUCAAUGAUAAAAACCGCCAUUAAAUCAGAAUUUGGCAAAUAUGAUGCUGCUGAAGCAGGCAAGAAGCGUGUUAUAAUUAGUGAAACGGUGGAUCUUAAGGGUAUUGAUCUUAAACUUACCAUCUGUUCAACGGAAGAGGUACAAUUGCCUGUCCUUAAGUGGGUUAAUGUGGCCUUGGCCUCAGAUCUUACACCUCGUUUUGGCAGAUCGAACAAGGCUUCUUUGUUAUUGGAAAGCUCCAGCAACAAACAACUAUUAAGCCUAGAGCAAUUGAAACAAGAAAUUGAAAAUCUAUUUGGUGUUUAUGGUCUCAACUACAAUAUUUACCUGUUAAAUCAACAGAAAGCCACAGAACUUACUCAAAUCGAUAAUUCCCUUAAUGGUAAACUAUUAGUGGUCUCCCGUACAGCCGAUGAUGCCGCUAAAUUCCCUCAAGAUGCUGCUUCAAAUAUGCCCUAUUGCAAAUUUGUCAACAAAUCUGGUUCGACUGUAUUCACUGAAAAUCCUUUGGGUUUUUCAUUAGCCGCAUAAAAGACUCUUUUUUUUUUAAACUCCAUAACUUAUCUUUGAUCACAAUAUUUUUAGCAAGUGGUUUUUUUCGUGUAGUUUAAUAUUUAUUUCCUUUUUUUUCCUUUUUUUAAUACUUAAAUUUUUUUAUUAUAAAAUGAAGUUCGAUUUAACAAUUAUAUGGUAUACGCUCUUUUUUUCGUAUUUUUCCUUAUUUAUUUAAAUUUUUUCGCUAAAUACUUAAUUUUUUUUUCAUUAAAUGAAUGAAUAUUAUUUAAAUGAAAUGUAUUUUAGAAUAAUCUCAAAGAUUGUAUUAAAAGUAAUUAAAAUAUUGUUUUAAAAUAAUACUGCGAAAUGAAUAAAUAAAUGGUUUAUAAUUUUAAAAUGU